ACACACUCUCCAAGCACGUCUAGCACUCGCUCCUUGCAGCGGGAACGGAGUAAAAAUUGGAGUACAAGAAGUCCCAGCGGUCGCUUGAAUUCUUGAAGAUUUUUCUUUAUUGGUUUAGGGCAAAGAUAAGGUACAGGAAGUGUUUUGGGGCCAGCCAAAGCCUUUUUCAACUGAAACACACUUCAGGGCUGACUGCAAAAGAAGGACGUGGACAGUGAGCUCUCCUCGUGUCGUCCCACUUGUGGGGGCAUGCUGCGCCCCCUGGACCCCACGUUACCCACUACUAAGUGACGAAGAAGACAAAGUGGUGAAAGAUGACGACAGAGGGCGAUGCCAGAACCCCUGUACAGGACACAGGACAUUAUUCUAAGGAGCCACAUCUAAGCAUUGAAGAGACUCUGUCCAUAAGCAAAACCUUUGACACCAGUGUCAAGGACAAUGUCUCCACAGCUUUUCAACAAGAUGGCAGCAACACCAUGUCUUGUGCACAUGAGAAUAAUGCCUUGAAAGUCCCUUUUAAAGAGAACAACUGGCACCUGAAGGUCAUAGUUUGAACAAGAGUACCGCACAGUUCUCUGAAACAGAACACAAUGUCGAAGUGGGCUACAGACCCAAUGAUGAAAAACGUGCUAUUCCUGGAGCCUCUAAGACUGGUCAAAAUGCCUCCAACUUUAAAACUGCUGAUAUUAACAAUAUAUAUGAGGACACUACCAUUACAGGUGGCCAGCUGCAAGGUGGAGGUGACAUGGAAAACAAAAGUGCCAUAGACCUAGAGAAUGAAACCUCAACUGACCAUGGAAGAGAUAACAAUGACUCUUUAUGCAGCAGAUCAAACAUCAAAGUAACUGAUGUAAAAGAAGAAAAAAGUGAUGGCACUCUUCCAAUGGCCAAUGCUUCCAAGGGCCUUCAACAAGAUGUCACCAAAGACAUUAGGCUAGAUGGGCAUGCAACCAUGACCCUGAAGUUGGAGGACAAUACUACAGCAGUCCUUGAAGAGAAAACGCUUACACAGCAAGGUAAUAGAUCAAAUGACAGUACCUCCAACCAUUUUGAAUCAGGACAGAAUGGCGAUGUGGGUUGCAGUUCCAGUGAUGAUGUACUUGCCCAUCAUGAGGGUAACAUAUGUUCUCCUCUAGUCUGUCAGACUGGUAGACAUACCUCUUCAGACUGCAACCAGAGCACUAACAUCUUAAAAAUUGAUGUUAGUACCAGUACAGAUCCUUAUGAUACAGGGAGAAAAAGUAAGAAGAGAAGAAGGAACAAAUGCAGAGUUGACAAUCUUUCCAAAGACCGUAAUCCAGAAGAUAACAUUUCCUCAUGUCAGGAAAGAAAUAAAAUUGGCCCCAACAGCCAAAAUCAAGCUCCGGUCAUUGAAAAAAGUCCUAAUGCAUUGGCUACCACAAGUAACACCAGCUUUCAACAAGAUGGCAACGUUUCAGGCAUCACUAAACCUGCUCACCAUACUUCUUUGCGCUGUGCAUCUGAAAUUCACAUCUCUUCAGGGAGCCAAAUAAAGGGAGAAGGACCUUCAAGAGCGUGCAAGUCCUUGAGUGGGAGCACGGUUUCAAAGAAAGCAUCAAAUAUCUUUCGGAUGCUCUUUUGGAGCAUUGUGGUUCUGAUAGUAGUGGUUCCAAUGAUGGCUCAAGCUUUCCCGGUGCAGAAACAAUGGCAGCAGUUUCAGUUCUGUAGUAAGGAUGGACCCCUGAAUGAUCAGUUACUGACCAUAAGAAACAUGGAAGACCGCCAGGUCAGAGGAUUGUAGCUUCAUCUUCACCUCAGUUCCAUUCUUCAAAAAUUGUUCAGAAUCAAGAUCUUUGUUUUUUGUGGAAAACACAAAGUGUGUGGAUAUGUUGUUCAGAGGACCUGAGUACAGAGCACUGGAGAUGGAGUAUAGCAACCUUAACAUCGAAGGACUUCCAGCAGCCCGUGGAGGGAAGGUGAAUGAAAAAUCAGUGCUGGAAAAACUCGCUAAAUACAUGGAAACUGUUGACGGCUCCGCACAGCGACUAUCUGCUGAGGACAACACCCGUACUGACGAUUCCCGAAGGCAGAAACUUUGGCGGCAGUUCUGGUUCCAAAUGAAGAACGGAUCCCUGAUCGAUCAAUUCGUGACCAUAAAAGACAUGAAAGACCGCAGAUCAGAGGGCUGUUCCUUCACCAUCCAGGCAGUCCCAUCCUUCCAGAACUGUUCUCAGUCAGGAUUCUUGUUCUUUGCGAAUAAUAAAACGUAUGGAGAAAUACUGGUGGAGGACCCGACUAAAGAGGACUGGAGAAUGGAGUGCGGACAUACCCGGAAUGGAGAGGGUCUUUCAGCAGCUCGUGGAGAAACGCUGAGUGAAAAAUCAGUGCUGGAGAAAAUCACUGAAUACACAAAACCUGCUGACGGCUCUGCACAGGAGCGGUCUGCUGAAGACAUCGCGAAGAUUACAGCAGGCGUUGGAGUUCCUCUUCUUCUUCUUCUUAUUACACUAUCAUUACUGUACGGACUCUGCCAAAAAUUUAGGAGCUGGGUCAAUGAAGUUGUAUGUCGUUGUGGAAGACGUCAUACCAACAAUGUCCCUCAAACUGGUGCUAACCUGGAAUCCAACCCAAAUGUCAUACCUUUACUUCUGAAGAAUUCUACAAAUGGGACCACCAAUGGAGGCCUUCAAAAUGGGGAAAGUAAAUCAGAAAGCUUAUCUGUCGGGCUGCUGGAAACAGAUACCACAACCCAAGCUGAAGACUCUGUGUAGUCUUCUCCUCGAUGAAUUCUAUAACUCCUUUCUCUAUUACCAUCUUGAAUUAAUCAUGUUUUAUUGAGGCAAGCGCCCAUCUUCUUUUAGUAAGCAGAGCUGUGUUGGGUGAAGUUCUUGUGAACUUUGGUGUCAAGGGAUGCCCAAUGAUGCCAUGUGAAGAUGAGAAAACCCCCAUGAAGUCUUUGGACUGGUCUCUGGCCAUCGACCAUUCGGCAUUGGCCAUUUUGCUUCUUUUCCACCUUGCGUAACUAUGUAUUGAUUAGUAACAUUAGCACCAGUUACGUUCCCAAGAGGAACCUACUAUAGUACACAGUAUUUUAGCAGAUCAUAUAGCAUUAACUAACUUUUUGUAUUGCCCCUAAACACGAAAUUAAAACAAAGGGAAAAUUAAUUCCAACCGGACAACCCCUGUUCUCUAGAGCUUCUGACAUUCGGCGGUCUCUUGGGUCCAUCCACAAUCCCUCCCAGUAAAUGCAGAAAUGAGUUGGUACUUGCGUCCAGCUGAGUGAUUCAUCCAA